AUGAUACUCACCGGUCUAUUACUCUACUCGCGUUCCAUGAUCUCGAUGCUUUUUCUUGGUCCGCUAGGUGACCUAGCGCUGGCCGGAGGCUCAUUAGCUAUCGGGUUUGCUAACAUAACCGGAUACUCGAUUCUUUCCGGCUUAGCCAUGGGAAUGGAGCCCAUUUGUGGUCAAGCUUUUGGUGCCAAAAAGUACACUCUCCUUGGUAUUUCCUUGCAGAAAACAGUGCUUUUACUCAUAUUGACAUCUUUCCCAAUAUCCCUUUUGUGGCUUAACAUUAAAACAAUUUUAGUUUUCUUUAAACAAGAUGAAACCAUUGCAACACAAGCUCAAGCAUAUCUUUUGUACUCAAUUCCUGACCUAUUGGCACAAUCUUUACUGCAUCCACUGCGCAUUUACCUUAGAACACAAUCCAUAACUUUGCCUCUAACAUUCUGUGCAGCAAUGGCAAUUCUUCUACACAUACCGAUAAACUAUUUUCUCGUUUCAAAACUUAGUUUAGGUAUCAAAGGAAUUGCACUAAGUGCCGUUUGGACAAAUUUUAACCUUGUAGUUUCAUUGUUAGUUUAUAUAAUGAUUUCUGGUGUGUAUAAAAGAACCUGGGGAGGUCUGUCCAUGGAGUGCUUUAAAGAAUGGAAAUCCCACUUGAAUUUGGCCAUUCCAAGCUGCAUUUCUGUGUGUCUGGAAUGGUGGUGGUAUGAAAUCAUGAUUUUGCUUUGUGGGUUGUUAGUGAAUCCCAACAAAACAGUUUCUUCAAUGGGGAUUUUGAUUCAAACCACUUCAUUGAUUUACAUAUUUCCAUCUUCUCUUAGCUUCAGUCUCUCCACUAGGGUAGGCAAUGAAUUGGGUGCAAGGCAGCCAGAUAAAGCAAAGCUUGCAGCAAUUGUAGGCCUUUCAGGAAGCUUCAUACUGGGGUUUUCAGCACUGUUUUUCACAGUAACCAUGAGGAACAUUUGGGCCAAAAUGUUUACUCAUGAUCAAGAAAUCAUAGCAAUGACUUCACUAGUUUUACCAAUAAUUGGGCUCUGCGAGUUAGGAAAUUGCCCACAAACAACUGGUUGUGGGGUGUUGAGAGGAACAGCAAGACCCAAAGUGGGAGCAAACAUCAACUUAGGUUGUUUUUAUCUUGUCGGAAUGCCAGUGGCGGUCGGUUUAGGUUUCUACGGAGGCUUUGGUUUUGAAGGGCUGUGGCUGGGGCUGUUGGCGGCGCAGGCUGCCUGUAUGGCCACCAUGAUGGUGGUUUUGCUUCUAACAGAUUGGAAAUUUGAAGCUCAGAGAGCUUUACAGCUGACUGGUGCUAAUGACUUCGAAGAAAUUGAGGAAAAUAAUCCACUUUUAGCAGAAAAUAAGGAAGGUCCCUAA